AACGGUAUAUAAUGAGCAAAUUAAGGAGAGUCGAUAUCAUUUAAAAGCAAAUCAUAUUCAGAAACGAGUAAAUUAUCUGGCUGCCUUAGUGCCUUACUGACUUACUAGCCGUAUUGCUCUCGCCUUGAUUUCUAGUUCAAACAGAACAAACAUAACAAUGGAUCUCUCACAAGCUGCAAUUUUUCUCUUCUUGAACUACAUCUUGAUUGUAUCUUCGGCGUCAAUUCCAACUCAAUGUAAAAUACCAACAGACUUAACAGUCCGCUACAAGAGCUUGUCCAUUGACAAUAAUUUUUUUCUGCCAGCUGAAAUGGCUCCAGCCGAAAACCGGACAACACUGACCGAUGGUGAUAAAAAGUGCCCAGCAUCGCUUGAAUCUUUUGGUGAAAUCCGCGAACGUUCCACCUGUCCUUGGUACCUGGACAUUACGCAUGAUUCAACAGUUUUCCCUCCAUCACGUAGGGAAGCGAGAUGUCGCUGUGAAACCUGUGUCGGCCCUAAGUACACCAAUCAAGAAUGUAUGCCUGUAUACACUAAAAUGACUGUCCUGAAACGAACAGGUGAAUGUAUUGAUGUAUUGUAUGUGUAUAAACCAGAUGUAAUUAAUGUAUCCACAGCCUGUGUGUGUGCACGUAAGGUUGAUGUCUAUAGAGACGACAAUGGGAACUAAAAAUCGACCAAAUGCUAAAUUGUUCGUUCAAUGCGUGUAACGCAAAAGUUAUUCAUAGUAUCAUGGAACGACGAGUUGACCACCGUGUGGUUUUUAUUAUUAUUAUUAUUAUUAUUAUCAUUAUUUUCUCUCUUGUUUUCAUUUCUUGAUUUUAAUUUUUUAUCUCCGUCUUUAUUUAUUUUAUCUUGUUACCUUUGUCAAUUGAAUAAUAAAUUACAGCAUAUGUAUAUGAGGUUCAUGAACCGAUAUGAAUCUAACCGAAAUUACGCGUGAAUUCGCAAAUUGGAGGAUAACGUUCAUAGAGCCAAAGUGAGUGGGAAAGAGUAUAGGUGCAUACGCAUGCAUACAAGCACACACCCGCCUUCCUACACAUUUUAUUUAGCAUAUAUGUAUCUAGUGCAUGGAGUGCUGUAUACCAGAAACAGCUGUAAGAAUCCAAUAAUUAAUUAUUUAAUUUAUUAUUUCAAAUCCACUUUGCUCUAAAUAUUCGAAACGACUUGAUACACUCGUCCU